AUGGCUUACUCGCCUGCUCCUCCAUCUCCAGUUCAUAGUAGCGGCGUCCCAAACAUGUCUAACAAUAUACAUUCCCGAGGGCGCUCGACAAGUCCUCCGACCAGCGUGCCGCUCUCCAAACGGGACAAGCGACGCAGCGCGCUUCAGGAGCGUCUUCAAGACCUGACGGCUUCCUUCAGUCAGAACCGAGACACCCAGUUUCGGCAACAACUGCAUGCCCUUCAAUGCGACAUGACCCUAAUCAACAAUGCGGAUCCUUACGAGCCGGGUCCGCUUCCCGAUUCCGCGGACGAAAUUGCACAACUGAUUGAGAAUACUGUCGGCGGAGGGAAAUUCGCCAAGGAGAUGGCUAGUCUGGCGGGGAUGUGGUAUUCGCGAUUCGUGCAGGAAGUAAACCAGGCCAAGGCUGAGAAGGAUGCAGAUUUAGCGAUGUUGGCACAUCGUCAUACCAACAAUCUAGAAAGAUUUCAACGGGAGUAUGCGUUCCGUGUCCACUUCGCCGAAGAAGAAUACAAGCACCUUGCAAAUACCCUCCGCGAACGUCUCGUCCAGACCAUUACCGGCAAACGGGCCCGUCUAAUGCGGGAGAAAGAGCAGUUGGAUCUGGCUGACACCAACGCUCUGCUCCUGCAUCCGAACCAGUUCAGCAUCACCAAUCCUGCCAGCCCAGGUGGCAUCCACGGUAACCGCAAGACGCGGCACACUCGCCAUCGUGUCGAUCUUGAGCUCGGCGAAGGAGCCAUGGCAGAAACGUUCAACAGGCGAAAGAGAAAGGCACCCGAGGAAGAUGUCGGCUCUCCAGUUAGGGACUCGGGCUUAUCUUCGCAUCCGGCCGAGCGCGCAAAAGCUCAGCUGGUGCAGCAACAGCAAGCGCCCGCAUACGCAAUCCAGAACCUUUUUACGGAGAAAGAGCUCAGUGCGCAUGCCAACCAUGCACAUGUGGCUACCGUACACUUUUUCUCAACGUCCAAACGUGCGGAUCAGCCCUCGGGUGCCGCCACCAACGGCAACAACACUGACGCGGAUGAGGGUUCCGGCGUCGACGGCACAGGCGCGGAAGACAACGGUACCCCGGCCACCGAUAUGGCUCGGACGGCCAGCCAAAACUUCCACGCCACGCGCUCGACCCGGGGACACGGCAACCACGCCCUGAACGCCCUGGCUGAGCUCUCUGAUAAGCCCGCUGUGCGGCCCAAUCUCCCCUACAAUAUUUUGGCCAAUUACCACGCGCGUCCUAGUAACAACGGCGCUCCCCCGUUACCGCCACUCAUGAACGAGGAAGUUGACGAUGACUGGGCUCGCAUGGACCGGCUGCACAAUAAGCCGGUCGGCUUUGUCGACAGAGGCCUGGCGCAACUCCUUGUCGAGUCUAGUCCUGCUGAGGUGAACGGCGUCCCUCAAAACCCCAACCGGUUCAACAUGUUGCAUCCGGACUUCCCGACGGAUAUGGGGAUGCAUCUGUACCCUCUCUCAAAGGACACGGGAGAUGGAGUCUAUAGUAAUGAACGGGCCAAGAAGAGUAGAACUUAG